UCUACCAAAACGAAGUGUGGUUUGUUGAUCGUUGUGUUUCUGUUUAGUUGUGUUUUGUUAAAAGGGUAAAAUGGAGUAUCUUAUCAACAGCGUGAAAAAAUAUCCAUGUAUUUGGAAAGCCGAUAGUGAAGACUAUAAAAAUACGGAAAUGAAGAAAGCAUCAUGGCGAAAAAUAAUUAAAGAAUGUGAUUAUCCAGAUGUAAAAGAAGCAAAACAUUUAUGGAAAAUAUUACGAGAUGGACAUAGACAAGCCAUAUCAAAGAAAAGAACAGCUACAGGACAAGCAGCGAGUGAUAUAAAGCCUUGGAAAUACGAGAAACUGAUGGAGUUCCUCCUUCCUCAUAUAUCUAGCCGAGUUACAUCGACUAAUACCAUGUCUUCUGGUAUAACUACGACCGACGAAGACUCACAACUCCAUGAAGAAAUUAGAAUUGAGACAAUCGACGAUCAGCCAGCAAUCACAAGCACCUACCUACCUAAGAGAAAAAAUGAUCAACUUUUGGAUUAUUUACAAGAACAAGAAUCAAAACGCGAGAAGAGGUCAUUCGAACGAGACUUAUGCCGCAGAGAACUUUUGAAACAAUUAGUAGUUAAGCCAAAAACUGCUACUGAAAAGUUUUUCGACAGCAUGUGUGACAUGACCAUGGAUCUACCUGAACAUGUCCAGAUUAAAAUUCAAAGAGAAAUAUUUCAGGCUGUCAUGGAAGCUCGAGAAGCAUAUUUACGGAGUCAAACUGGAACCUCCGGGCUAGUGGGUUUGAAUUAUCCAAGACAUGAGGACCAAUCAGCAUUUUCCGCAUCAUCUGCAUCACGUCCUUCAUCGGCUCUUUCAAAUGGUGUCGCUGCAUGUGAUGUGUUGUCCCUACAUAUGAAAAAUUCUCUAGCAACAAGCACAAACGAAUUUAUAUUAUCGGAAGAGUAUGGUUUAAGAAGUUUGAGUAAUAAAAGUUAGGUUUAAUAGUACUUUUUGUAGUUUCUUUACCUCAAAGUUAGUGGGAGUUGAUCCAUACAUCUAAUAUCGUCACGCAUAUUCAUCAAUUCAUGCGCAUUC